ACUUUUGGCCACGUCUUCAUUAGUUAAGUCGUUACGGGUAUCCGAAUCUGAAAGAACCAUAGCUCCAAGCCUCCAAGCUAACUGCAACUGUAGAAACAUACCCAGAUGAACAUGAUAAGCAGCUGCAGUUUAUCAUCCUCGUCGCUUCAUCAAUCCUCAAAUCCAAACCAGCUUUUCCAGUUCCAGACCUUGAAUGGCCUUAACCAACUUGCUGAAACUCGACGCUUCAAGGCAUGGUUUUUGGAUCAAUUUGGAGUUCUUCAUGAUGGAAAACAACCCUACCCUGGUGCCAUUUCAACCUUGGAAAAUCUGGCAAAAUAUGGUGCAAAAAUGGUGGUUAUCAGUAAUUCUUCAAGGAGGGCAUCAGUGACCCUGGAAAAGUUAAAGAGUCUUGGAUUUGAUCCAUCUCUCUUUGUGGGUGCAAUCACAAGUGGAGAAUUGACCUACCAGAACCUGCAGAGGAGAGACGAUCCAUGGUUCGCCGCACUUGGGAGGUCCUGCAUUCACUUUACUUGGAAUGAUAGGGGGGCUAUAUCUCUUGAGGGCCUGGGGUUACAAGUUGUGGAAGAUGUUCAAGAAGCUGAUUUUAUUUUAGCUCAUGGCACUGAGGCCAUAGGGCUCCGUUCUGGAGCUGCACUUCCAAUGAAGCUUGAGGAUCUUGAGGAAAUAUUAAAGCAGUGUGCUGAUAGAAAAAUUCCGAUGGUGGUGGCAAAUCCUGAUUUUGUGACUGUUGAGGCCAGGGCACUGCGUGUUAUGCCCGGAACAUUAGCAGCGAAAUAUGAAAACCUCGGUGGGGAAGUUAAAUGGAUGGGCAAGCCUGAUAAGAUUAUAUACGACUCAGCAAUGGCGAUGACUGAUGAAGAUGCCUCUAACUGUAUUGCUGUUGGAGACUCACUGCACCAUGAUAUCAAAGGUGCAAAUGCAGCCGGAAUUGCUUCAGCCUUUAUUACCUGCGGGAUCCAUGCGACUGAACUUGGACUUGGCAAAUUUGGAGAAGUUGCCGACGAUACUUCUGUCCAUGCUCUUGCAUCAAGGCAUGAUGCAUUUCCAACGUACAUUCUCCCUUCUUUUACCUGGUAAUUAUUGUAUUGCUCCGAAUUGCAAACUUAACACGUUUCAAAAACCAUAAAGUUCAUCUAUCAGUAUCAACAUUUUGUAGCUCUCUCUGUCUGUCUCUCUUCCUCGCUGCACACCCGCAUUUCCCUUCUUCUCAGUGUAGUUGGAGUUCAAAUAGCUUAAGAAUUUAUCACUGGAGCAAAAUCAGCAACCUAUUGUUUUCUGCAUUCAGUGGUGUUUCUACAGUUAUUCCCAGUGUAAAGAAAGGAGAGAAAACUGUAUCAUGACAAUCAAUCUAAAUGCUUAUGGCUUCUGUUCAGGAGUGCAAUUUUAUUAUAUGGUAUUUGGUUUAAAA